ACCUUUACCAAAGCACUUUGCAAUUUGUCAGAUAGACGUUUGUCAAGAAUUGGAAGAAGCGAGAAGUUAAAAACAAAUUAGCACGUGAAGAAGUGAACCCGUAAGAUCUGCUUGCAACACAAUUAAAUUGAUCCUAUCGCAAUUUGUAUCGAACGCUCGCAGAGGAACCACAGGACUUGAAUCCGAUUCAUGAGUUGAGGAGGAGGUUAAGAAUGAAACUAAUGAUUUUUAAGCCGCAAGAAAAAGCGCCGCUGUAAAACUCAGUUUAUCAUUCUCGUCCGAACACUUAAAAAUCAUUACACCCGGACGUAACCUCAAAAUGACUGAAUCAGGCUUUCAUUGCGCCCAGUGCAACCUAUCAGAAGAGGACGAGGCAAAGUUGAUAUUUUGUGACGGAUGUCAACAAUACUUCCACUGUGUCUGUCAAGAUGUGACGGUGUCAACAAAGGCAGACGACUCGUGGAUGUGCAAUACGUGUACAAAAUCUGCGACCGAAGUUAAUAUGGAAGCUGUAGCUAAAUUGAUGUCCCAGCAACUAGAUCUUCAUCGGAAGAAUCUGGAGAAGAGAUCGCGCCUUGUCGACAUGAAGCUCAAACUAGAACAGGACAAACGAGAGUUGGAGCUGAUCUACGAGAAGGAACAGAUCGAGAAGAAGAUACUGGCUGAAAAGGAGUUCAAUCAAAAGUAUAAAGCAGAAAGAGAGAAUUGGAUGAAAGAGUUGAACGAGUUAACUGCAGAUCGAAAGAAGUGUUGUGCUGAGUUUGAAGAGUACCUGAAAAAGAUCACUGCAGAUAAAGGUGAACCUACAAAGAACAAGCGAAAAAAAAGGAAACACCGAGCAACUUCCACAAAGGUUGGGGGCGCCGCGUCAACUCCCAAUGCAGAGUUCGAAGAGAGUUUCAGCGGAAGUGAUUCAAGCAUCGAAUCAGAGGAGCAACGUAAACAAACCAGCAGUCGGUCGACGGAUAAACCGACUAAGGCCCAACUAACAGCCCGCCAGUAUUUGUCGUGGAAAUUGCCAACCUUUACUGGAAAUCCAAACGAAUGGCCCAUAUUCAUAAGCAGUUUCAAUUCUUCAACUGAAGCAUGUGGGUUUUCGGAUUUGGAAAAUUUAUCACGAUUACAAGAAGCCAUAAAAUUUCCGGCCAGAGAGUUGGUCGGCGGAUUAUUGGUUCUUCCAAAGGCAGUACCAAAAGUGAUCGAAUCUCUGCGGCAACUGUACGGAAGGCCUGAACAGAUGCUUGGCACACUGUUGGCCAAGAUCAGAAAAACCGAAGCACCAAAAAUUGAUAAAUUAGGAACUUUUAUCAGAUUUGGAACAGUUGUCGCUCAGCUCUGCGACCACUUAGAAGCCACUCGACUUCAAGAUCAUCUUGUCAAUCCCUUAUUGAUAAGCGAAAUUGUCGAAAAGUUACCAGCUGUAACGCAAAUCGAAUGGGUUCGAUAUAAACGUAAACAAAGAAAGAUCACUUUACGCACUCUUACGGAUUUUCUCGCCGAUUUGGUUUCGGUAGCUAGUGAGGUGGUCCACUACGACGAGUUUACUGCAUCCAACAACAUGGCCGGAAAAGUUGCUAAGCCGAGGGAGCAACAAAGAUCCUUUGCCGGCGUGCAUGACGCUGCGGAGAUCGAGUCCAGUCCUUCUGAAUCGAGAUGGCCAUGCGUGGUUUGCGGGGAAACAAAUCACAGAAUAAGAAACUGUGAGGUGUUUAAAGAAAUGGAGUUAGACGAACGAAUGGAGGUAGUGAGUGAUAACAAUUUGUGUCAGAUUUGCCUAAAUGCUCAUGGAAAUGCUAGAUGUAAAAUGAACAUACAUUGUAAUGUGGGAAAUUGUCAAGAAAGACAUAAUUCUUUACUGCAUCCUGGUACCUUAAGGUGAUGAGGUGGGGCGAUUUGAAUUCAUUCGUAGAUAGUUAAGAAAUUGAAAUAGCAAAGUUUAGUUUAGGUAAAUCUGGAAGUUCUAAGAAAUAUCCAGAAUUACGUGGGGGAGUGUUGAGGCGCAAAAGAGUCGCACCUUUACCAAAGCACUUUGCAAUUUGUCAGAUAGACGUUUGUCAAGAAUUGGAAGAAGCGAGAAGUUAAAAACAAAUUAGCACGUGAAGAAGUGAACCCGUAAGAUCUGCUUGCAACACAAUUAAAUUGAUCCUAUCGCAAUUUGUAUCGUAAGUUAAACUAUAAACCAAUUAUGAGCAAUUUAAAAAGAUUUAGUAUCAAUCAGGAACGCUCGCAGAGGAACCACAGGACUUGAAUCCGAUUCAUGAGUUGAGGAGGAGGUUAAGAAUGAAACUAAUGAUGUGAGUAAGAAUGAUAAGCAAAUAUUCAAUGAACUAAUAAAUAAUUUCUUUUAGUUUUAAGCCGCAAGAAAAAGCGCCGCUGUAAAACUCAGU